GUGAAAGUGCAGAGAAACAUCGUAAGAUCGUGAAAGCAGAGAUCUUCCACGCGUUGUUUUAGUUAUGGGUUUAUAAAGAUUCAAUUCAACCCGUUUCGCCCCAACCCAUUUGAUAUGUUUUUUACCCGGUUCAAAUUACACCGACCUGACCCGAAAACGAUCCGCUUCACCUAAAAAGCUGCUCGUUGUACAUCUAACCCUGAUUACAUGGGAAAAAGGAACGGUUUCACCUAUAAACAUGAUUGCGUAUCAAAAAAAUCAUAUGGAACUGGGAAUUUUGCAUCGAGCCUUGCAUUCCUAUCUCUAUUCAUCAACUAUAUCACUAAUUUCAUUAAUGGUUGCUAAUUAUUCAAUCGUAUUCCCUAGGUCAGUCUCUUCUAUAAAUUCUCUUCAUCUCUAUGAACCAUUCUCAUCUCUUCAACCUCUCAGAACUGCACUUGCUCAUAUUUGCAAUUCUUAUUUCCUUUCAAAUUUUCAAUCAUGUCUUCAUCCAUUGUGGGACAUCAUUGAUGAUAGAUGGGAUAGGCAAAUGCACAGGCCUUUGCAUGCUGCUGGAUACUAUCUCAAUCCCAAAUUACACUACAGUGCUGAUUUUAAAGCUGAUUUUGAAGUUAAGCGUGGUUUGUAUGACUGUUUGCAAAAGAUGAUUGGUGAUGUGAAAGAAAUUACUAUAAUUGAUGCUCAAUUAGAAAGCUUUAAGAAAAAAGUGGGGUUUUUGGAGGUCCAAUAGCAAUGGCUGCACUUGGAACAAAAACUGCUGCACAAUGGUGGGAGUCUUAUGGGGAUGAGCAUCCGGAGCUUCAGAAGUUUGCAAUCCGUGUGCUAAGUUUGACUUGCAGCUCAUCCGGGUGUGAGCGAAAUUGGAGUGCAUUUGAGAUGGUCCACACAAAGAGGAGAAAUCGGUUGAAACAAAAAACUAUGAAUGAUGUUGUCUUUGUGAUGACCAACUCAAAGUUAUCGAAGAAGAACAAGACUAGAAAUGUGGUAGAUUGUGAACUUGAAUUUGAUGAGAUUGAUUCCGAUAAUGAAUGGAUUGUUGAAGAGACAGGUGACAAUGAAAUUUUGGAUUUCACUAUAGGUGAGGAUUUGGAUGGGGAAGCUCAAAAUGAAGAACAUGAAGUGGCAACUGCUGAAGAUGAAUUUGCAAUUCAUAAUCUGGAUGAUGAGAUUGAAGGAGAUGAAGAUGCUAUGGAAGACAUGCGAAUUGGGUUUGAUCAGAAUUUCUUGAACAACUUGAUGAAUUAGGGGUUUUUAAGUUUUUAAGAGUAUAAGGGUCGAUGUUCUAGUUUUAAGUUUAGGAGUCUAAGUUAUUUUUCUAUGUUCUAGUUUUUAAGUCUAAGCUAUUUUGGUUAUGUUAAAGAGUAUUGAAGUUUUUAUGUUUAAGAUUAUGUUUAAUAUUAAUGAAGUUUUUAUGUUUAAGAAAAUUUGUGGGAUCUUACGAUCCUUGUUACGAUCCUACGAUCUACGAUCUUUCUUUACCCCAACGAUCUUUAGUGGGAUCUCGAUCCUGACAACCAUGGGCCUAUUUGAAUAAACAACUUAAUUAAACGCUUAUAGUAUAAAUGUUUUUCAGAUAAGUGUUUAUGUAAGAACUAUUUUUAUAACAAAGAUAAAAUAAAAUUAUCUGUCAUAUAAGCUAUAAGCAGCUUUCAUAAGCUACCUUGGAGAACUUAUAGAAAUAAGCUGAUAAUAGCUUAUGGACAUGUUAUAACCUGUUUUCAUAAGCUCUU